GCCAGUUAGCGCAGCCGCGGCAGAAACAGGCGCAGACAGACAGAGCACCGCAGCAACCAUGGCAGACGAAAAACCUAAGGAGGGAGUGAAGACUGAGAACAAUGAGCACAUUAACCUGAAGGUGGCGGGGCAGGAUGGCUCAGUGGUCCAGUUCAAGAUCAAAAGGCACACUCCUCUCAGCAAACUGAUGAAAGCUUAUUGUGAACGACAGGGGCUGUCAAUGAGGCAAAUUCGAUUUCGAUUUGAUGGUCAGCCCAUCAAUGAAACAGACACACCCUCACAGCUAGAAAUGGAGGAUGAAGAUACGAUUGAUGUAUUUCAACAGCAAACUGGAGGCUCUUUUCUUUAAAGACUGUUUCCUACAAACAUCCCUACCUACCUCCCAUUUUCAUCCCCCAACAUGUUUGUUAUGCCCAGUUUCAAAUGCUCAUGACCAGUGUUGAUACUAUCCAGUGGAAUACUUUUUUUUUUUUUCUUUUUUUCAAAAUGCUGGAAGACCGCAGCACAGUUGGUGUAGAUAGAUUUGGUCACACUGUCAUUCACAUGUCAACAUUUCUGAUCUGUGCAGUGUAGACAAACCUGUGAGCUGCCGUAUGUCUGCCGAAGAAAUUUAAAGCUUGUGAUUUUUUUGUUUUAUCUUUUGCUUUUUUAUGUCGGAGCUUUUGAAGAAACAUUUCUUGGUCCUUAUUUUUGUUUUUAUACUUAUGUCAUCAAGGUUUUGAUUCAGAUGUAAUUUUGUUAUUUUUAAGAAAGCCGGCAUUUUAAAUUCACUUCUCUGUCAUGAAAAUGUAGUAUUGGAAUAAAUUGAGUUUUUUUUUAA